UUACGUUGAACGGCAACUUCCGGCAAAUGACUAGAUAUCAAAGGGUGAAAGUGCUGGUGUGUUGUUUCUCAAAUCUUUGGCCUCUUUUGAUUUUUAGACACAAACAGCAGCGGGAGGUUUGUGUUCACGGCGGGUAACAAACCGCCGGUGAGUUUGAAUCCCUCUCGGAACUCAGACGCGUCGGUUUGUUGAGCAGCUCGCUAACGUUAGCACGCUAGCUAACCGGCUAACUCCCUCAGCUGACGCCUGAAACUCGGCGUCCGGACACAGAAACCCAGAAGCUGGACGGUCGGUAUCGGACGAUUCAGGCUGUGAAGCUUCACCAGACGGGUUAAGUUAAGUUUCUCCUGUGGCCAUAACGGAGAAGCUACAGUUUUCAUGUAUGCACUGGGGCCAUUUUCGACAUUUUAAUGGGAGGCGGCUCGCUUUGGAGGAUUGGACACUGCGGGCGCCAGUUGCGAAGAAAGCGGAGGUCCUGGCUACCUGUCGGGCUCAGAUGGAGUCUCUGGCCGGUUACGUGUACAAGGCAGCCAGCGAGGGCCGAGUCCUGACCCUGGCCGCGCUGCUGCUCAACCACUCCGAGGGGGAGACCCGGUACCUGCUGAGCUAUGUUACCCAGCUCGCCGGGCAGAGGUCCACUCCUCUGAUCAUCGCGGCCCGGAACGGGCACGACAAAGUGGUCCGGCUGCUCCUGGACCACUACAGAGUGGACACCGAACAGACGGGCACGGUUCGGUUUGACGGCUACGUCAUCGACGGGGCCACGGCGCUGUGGUGUGCCGCUGGAGCAGGACACUUUGAGGUGGUGCGCCUGCUGGUGAGUCACCGUGCCAAUGUUAACCACACCACGAUCACUAACUCCACCCCCCUGAGGGCCGCCUGUUUCGACGGACGCCUGGACAUCGUCCAAUACCUGGUGGAACACAACGCCGACAUCAGCAUCACCAACAAGUACAACAACACCUGCCUGAUGAUCGCUGCCUAUAAAGGCCACACGGACGUAGUGAAUUUCCUGCUGGAACAGGGGGCGGACCCUAAUGCCAAGGCCCACUGCGGGGCCACGGCCCUGCACUUUGCAGCUGAGGCGGGUCAUCUGGACAUAGUGAAGGAGCUGGUGUGCUGUCAGGCAGCCAUGGUGGUGAACGGACACGGCAUGACGCCCCUGAAGGUGGCUGCAGAGAGCUGCAAAGCAGACGUGGUGGAGCUGCUGCUGGCCCACGCCGACUGUGACCUGCACAGCCGCAUCGAGGCCCUGGAACUCCUGGGGGCCUCGUUCGCCAACGACCGGGAGAACUACGACAUCCAGAGGACGUACCAGUACCUACACAUAGCCAUGAUGGAGCGCUACCGGGAUCCAGAAAACAUCAUCACCAAGGAGCUGCUGCCAGCCAUCGAGGCCUAUGGGGGGCGCCGUGAGUGCCGGACACUGCAAGACCUGGAGGCCAUCCGGGUGGACCGGGACGCUCUGCACAUGGAGGGGCUGAUGAUCCGGGAGCGUAUCUUGGGCUCGGACAAUAUUGACGUGUCGCACCCCAUCAUCUACCGUGGUGCCGUCUACGCUGAUAACAUGGAGUUUGAGCAGUGCAUCAAACUGUGGCUUCACGCGCUCCGUCUGCGGCAGAAAGGCAACAGGAACACGCACAAAGACCUGCUGCGCUUCGCCCAGGUGUUCUCCCAGAUGGUCCACCUGAAGGAGCAGGUGUUGGCCACAGCUGUGGAGCAGGUGUUGAGCUGCAGCGUGCUGGAGAUUCAACGCAGCAUGGCUCGAGCGGACACGGCGGCUGAAUCUGAGCUGCCUCAGGCCAUGGACAAUUAUGAGUCAAAUGUUUUUACGUUUCUGUACCUCGCCUGCAUCUCCACCAAGACCACCUGUGGCGACGAGGAGCGCGCCCGCAUCAACAAGCACAUCUACGACCUGAUCCAGCUGGACCCACGGUCGCGUGAAGGCUCCUCUCUGCUCCAUCUGGCCAUCAGCUCCACCACGCCGGUCGAUGACUUCCACACCAACGAUGUCUGCAGCUUCCCCAGCGCCCAGGUCACCAAGCUCCUGCUCGACUGCGGCGCGCAGGUCAACGCCGUCGACCACGAAGGCAACACCCCUCUGCACGUCAUCGUCCAGUACAACCGGCCCAUCAGUGACUUCCUGACGCUGCACGCCAUCAUCAUUAACCUGGUGGAGGCCGGCGCCCACACGGACAUGACCAACAAGCAGAAGAAGACCCCUCUGGACAAGAGCACCACCGGCGUGUCAGAGAUCCUGCUGAAGACACAGAUGAAGAUGAGCCUCAAGUGCCUGGCAGCGCGCGCCGUCCGGCAGCACCAGAUCACUUACCGCAACCAGAUCCCCAAAACGCUGGAGGAGUUCGUGGAGUUCCACUGAAACGGACCUGCGGGCUGAAGGCUCGAGACAAGGACAGAGUCUUUGUUCUUUUUAAAGAAUUUCCUAUAAUUUUCUAACAAAUACAAAUGGUGCUGAGGAUGAUGGUUCAGUACUAAAAGUUUUUGAGCAUUUUUAUAAAAAAAAAAAAGUGGGUUGCUCGUUCUAUUUUAAGUAUUAAUUGCUGACUACCAGCAGCUGUCUGUCUGCAUCUCUGGGGCUGAUGUGCAGUUUGUCGCUGCAGCUGCGAGACAUCAGAGGAAACUUCAGCCGCCUGCAGCAGGUUUGUGCUGAGAGAGAGGACAGCAGUGACAUCAUCACGCUGCUUUUCGCUUUGCCUUAUCUCCGUGGCGGGGAGCCGCCAUGUUGCUGUGAUCCUACAGUCUGAGUGAGUGAGCGAGUGUGAAGGACAGAUGAUCAGAGUGAAGCCCGGCCUCGCCUGCUUCCAUGCAUUCGCCCCACAGAUCAGAUCACACACUGAUCUUUUUUAAUAUAAGAAAUAGAUUUCACUGGUUUUGAGUUUUUACUGUAACUACAAAGGUCCGGUGAGGGAAGAAGACAGAAUGAGGACACGUGAUCUGACUGCUGGACAGAAUUUUUACUAACAAUCAGUUUUUUAUUUUAUUUUAAAGGGUUUGCAAUUAUGCAGUUAUUUGUGAAAAUACGUUUUCUCUUGACCUGUUUCCCUGAAUCUACACUACGUGGCCCAGAGCGAGCAGACAAACACCACCUGUCAGUUCUAAUGGACAGAAAACAGACAUAUUUUAUGGGGCUUUUCCAUCAACUGGCUCAGUUUGACUCCGUUUGACUAGAGCACAGAAGAGAUUUGCAUUUCCGUGACAGCAGGACGACCUGCUUUAAACUGAUGACACGUUUGUCUCGAGCUGCGAUCAAACGAGUGGCUGUAAACUCUCUUCCUCUCUGCAGUGCUACUGAAGAUUAGUUACCAACAGAGCUCCGCUAAUUUGGAGAUGAGCACAUUUGAUUUCCUGUAAACGCUUCAUAUUAAAAGCCCUCCCCUUUAUUUAGUCAUUUAAAAGAGUUUGUUAUUAAGCAGUGAAAUCAGGUUGUGCGUGUUUUUCUCCAGCAGUAAUUUAACACGACUCAUGAAAGAGCUGCAAGUGAACAUGACUAAACUGUAAAGGACACAGGAGAGAAACUGAACUUCAAACCACAGAGAUGCAGUUAGAAGCUACGAAAGUACUGACAGCUGAACACAGAGAUUUAGAUUGAAUGUUUGAGGGGCAGAUGGUGGUUAAAGGUUGGCUGCGGUCCCGAGGCGUCCCUGCAGGAGGAGGGUCGCUCGCUCUUUGGCUCCAUUCUGGAGAAUUUUGCUGCCAAAAGUGUUGAUUGCAAAGCUCUACUGAUGACGACCACAUCCAAACCUUCUAACACCCUGAAAAUGAUGCAGUAUCUGUGUUUGACCCCUCGACACAGUUUUGAUAUGUUCGACUGUUUGAUCUCACUGAUCUCUCUGCAGUGGUGAAACUAUCUAUUAUUUCACAGGAAAGAGAGAUUAAUGAAAGAAUAGUCAGAAAGAGACGUUAGAUCUGUAUUUACUUCCAUAAUGAAAAGUUUAUUUACUUAAAACAUUAUCUGUAGAACAGACAGCUGAAAACAGAGCAGAGGCUGUUACCAGCAGCACAUCAGCAGCUGUCCACAAACCUCUGGCCACGUAGGGUACUUUCUAAACAUUGGUACUGUCAUUUUAUGGUUCUAUUGAAGCUUGCACGUGAGCUUUUAUUUUGAAAGAUUAUAUGAGGAUGUCAGCACAGAAACCAUGAAUGUUCUUUCAGAGAGAAGUCCACAAACUCCCUGGCUCCUCCCACUUUAUUGACAUGUCUGUAUUUUAAGAUUGGAUUAAUUUCUUCUUGAAGUCAGUUUGAUGUGAUUUCAUGCUGAGAGACAGAAACCCAUCGUGCUGCUCUGCUGCUCUCAGGCCUGAGUUGUAACGAUCAGAAGCUCCACUGAGGACUGAUUAAUCUUUACCAGCCGGUCUUUACGAACCCUUUUAAGUCUCGUUGGAUUGCACAUAAAAUAUUCUGCGCUGGAGCUGAAAACGAAGCUGUUUGCUCAGUCUGCCCCUUUUGUGACCGGUGGAGACCUGCAGGGAGGGAAAGUGCUUCUUUAUGGGAGAGUCAUCAGCUCUUCACCAAACAUACGAUCUCAUCACACAGUCCACUUCAAGUUGUUCCCCACAGGAUCAUCUGGACCAUGAAAUUAGGCAGUUUGUGUGUUGUUUGUAUCUGAGGCUCGUGACAGCCUGUCGUCGUAUUAUUUAUUGAUCGCAGGGACGACGGGAGGAAAAUGAGUCGCUGCAGUGUCGAUAACUGAUCAAAGUAAUAAUCUGUUGGCGAGUUUGUUGUUCAGAUUGAUUCCAUCCUCAUUUCUGUUGAACAGAAAGCUACAGUCAGCAGCUGCUUAGCUUAGCUUAGCAUACAUACUGAAAACAGGGAGCAAACGUUAGCCAGCUUCGGCUCCGCGAUGCAGCAUCGCCUCCUUAUGUUACUCGUUUUGUUCAGCCAACAGUCUGAAAUCUGAAAACACUCGGUCAGAAGAUUUAAAAACAGAGAAAAGUCAUCACCAAAACUAAAUACUUAGAAAUCAAGCAGACUGAGGAUGUCGGCCUGGACUCUGAACCUGCAAUUUUCCCCUUUUUUCUUAAUUUUUGUUUUUAAAAUUUUACAGACUGAAUCAUGAGUCCAGAGAUGAAAACAGAGUUAGAAUAACCGUCAGCUCCUGAUUAACACGUGGCAGCUCGUUUGGUCGAGCUGUGUAUUGAACAGAGGGUUCAGAACUCGGGUUCAGAACUCGGCUUCAGAACUCGGGUCAAACUGUUUCUUGUUUCUAGUCAAACCAAACAAGAUUGUUUUCACUCUUUGGUUUUUGGAUUGUGUCGUCUAAACUUGCAACUCUCAGCAAGAAAACUAAGAAGAUUUGAUUUGUCAUCAGUCACAGUUUCACAGACGUCUUCACAGUUCUUUCCAGCAGUCCAGAAUCUAAAAACCUUUUGAUUUAACGUGACAUGAAACAGUUAUAGUUUGGUUGAUGAGUUGAUUAUUGAUUUGCCAAAUUGUUGUUUCAAACUUUCUAACAAGACGUUUUACCACCUUUUUAAUGUAAUGAAAUAUUUGUGGAUUUCACUCAGAUGAAUCGAUCAGUGUGACCCGGAUGACUGAUGACCCACAUGAACGCUGCUCAGUCCAGUAAAAUAGGAAGAAAAAAAAUUUGUUUAUCUCUCCCUAAAAAUAAUCAUCCUCCAUCUUUAUUUUGUCUUGUUUGUGUGUAAGCUGCCGAGUCAGUGCGACUCUGAACUCAUCACCAUUUACAAGCUGUUUGUUGUCGAUGCCAAGUGAAUCAUGAUGUCGGGUUUUUGUUCACCUCAGUUUUGUUGGAUCGGAUGUUGUGAUCAUCUCAUCAGGUGGAGGAAAAAAUGUAACUAUAUAAGGCAAAAGACGCCAUGUUUGUUCAGUAUUUUGUUUUCAGGGGUUGAUUUUCAGAACAAAAGCAGCAACAGUGAAACUGAUUAUCAAGAAACUUUUCAGCAAACAUCUGUCCUAAUCAAUAAGUAUCUGUCCAGCAGCGUUAACCAUGUCGGGGCAUUACAGCUGGUCAGGACGGACUUCUGGCUGAAGGUGUGAAGGGUUUGAUGUGACGAUAACGUGCCAUUCAGAGUGCUAAUUUUAUUUUUAUUUAACAGCGCAGGAGCCCGUUUUGCGUCCUGAAGGAACUGGUUUGUGUUUCAGAACACGUGGACCGGUUGUUCUGCGGGUCGCUGGCUGAAAUGGAGCCAAAGAUUCUCUUCAUGUGUUGGGAAACGUUUAAAGAUGUCAGCUGUGGCAACUUCCUGCAGAACGAAUGCUGUCAAAUUAAAAGUCUUUUGUCUGCAUUCA